UAUCAUUAAUAAUAAUAAUUUUAAGAAAAGUUUUGAAAUUAGGCAAGACGUAAGACUCAACGACAAGAACAAGAGAAAAAGCUCAGCGAAAUGAGAAAAAAGCAAGAGGAACAGAGAAUAAGAGAAAUGGAAGAAAAAAAAGCCAAAGAAGAGGAAGCCAAGAAGAAAAGAUUGGAAGAGGCAGAAAGAAAGCGUCAGGCUAUGCAACAAGCUUUGCAAAAAAGAAAAGAUGAGCCAGUUCAGCGUAAUUUUGUCAUCCAAAAAAGAGAUGAUGGAGGAAUUACUCUGGGCUCAGGAUUCGAUAAGGUUAUGAUCCGAGGUGAGAUGACUAAAACUAGAGAACAGCUGGAAGAAGAUAAGAAAUUAGCUCUGAGUGUAAGAGUUAAGCCUUUGAAUAUCGAGGCUCUAAGCGUUCUGGAAUUGAGACAAAAGGCUCAAGAACUGUGGGAGAAAUUAGUAACACUAGAAAGUGAAAAGUACGAUCUGGAAGAGAGAAAGAAAAGACAGGAUUACGAUUUGAAAGAACUUUCGGAACGUCAAAGACAAAUCAACCGAAACAAAGCUCUUAAAAAAGGUUUAGAUCCAGACGCAUUGCAAGGAAAAUAUCCGCCGAAAAUUCAAGUAGCCAGCAAAUACGAACGCCGAAUCGACAGAAGAACUUUUUCUGAUAAAAAAGGAUUGUUUGAAGGCGGUAUUGAAGCUCAAAAUGAAGAGGUUAUGGUGAAGAAUUGGGAAGAAAGAAUGAGUGCCUUCAAAGAACGCGGUGAAUCGAAAUUGCCAAAAUGGGAUCCUUCCAAUCCUAAAGUCAAGGAACCUCAUGAUGCUCGUCAAGAAAUUGAGGAAGAUGACCUAGAACUGGAACCUCCACCAACUUUUGGAGAACCUGAACCAUCACCUCCCAGAGAAACUCAUAAAGAAGAGGAGGAGGAGGAAGAAGAAGAAGAGGAGGAUGAAGAGGAGGAGGAGGAGGAGGAAGAAGAAGAAGAGGAAGAAGAAGAAUAAAAGUGAAGAUCGAACCGAAAAGGUUUUUGGCCAAGUCGUGCAGCGGUUUCGAUUGGGUUAUAACAAACCAUCUCAUACGCUUCUUCCGCUUCAAUUAUCAAAUUAACAAAUAAAUAUAAUUUGCUUGUACUUUCAAAAACUGGUUUAAAUAAAAUUAUUUCCAAAUGUAAA